UAUGGAGGAAGCUAGAGGUAGUUUGCCUUGCACGGCAACACACGAGGGCACGGCAACACACGCGAGCACGGCAACACACGCGAGCACGGCAACACACGCGCAACACACGCGAGCACGGCAACACACGAGGGCACGGCAACACACGCGGGCACGGCAACACACGCGAGCACGGCAACACACGCGCAACACACGCGCAACACACGAGGGCACGGCAACACACGAGGGCACGGCAACACACGAGGGCACGGCAACACACGAGGGCACGGCAACACACGAGGGCACGGCAACACACGCAACACACAACACACGGAGCACGGCAACACACGCGCAGGGCACGGCAACACACGAGGGCACGGCAACACACGCGACGGGCACGGCAACACACGCGCAACACACGCGAGCACGGCAACACACGCGAGCACGGCAACACACGAGGGCACGGCAACACACGAGGGCACGGCAACACACGCGGGCACGGCAACACACGAGGGCACGGCAACACACGCGAGCGCAACACACGCGAGCACGGCAACACACGCACGGCAACACACGGAACACACGGGCACGGCAACACACGAGGGCACGCAACACACGCGAGGGCACGCGCAACACACGCGGGCAGGCAACACGGCAACACACGAACACACGGGCACGGCAACACACGCGCAGGGCACUGCAACACACGGCAACACACGCACACGGCAACACACGAGGGCACGGCACUGCAACACACGCACGGGCACGGCAACACACGAGGGCACGGCAACACACGAGGGCACACACGGCAACACACGAGGGCACGGCACACACGCGAGCACGGCAACAGCACGCAACACACGCAGCACGGCAACACACGAGGGCACACGGCAACACACGAGGGCACACACGGCACGGCACACACGAGGGCACGGGCACAACACACGCGGGCACGGCAACACACGCGAGCACGCACACACGCAGCACACAACACACGGCAGGGCACGGCAACACACGCGAGCACGGCAACACACGCGAGCACGGCAACACACGCGAGCACGGCAACACACGCGAGCACGGCAACACACGCGAGCACGGCAACACACGCGAGCACGGCAACACACGCGAGCACGGCAACACACGCGGGCACGGCAACACACGAGGGCACGGCAACACACGAGGGCACGGCAACACACGCGAGCACGGCAACACACGCGAGCACGGCAACACACGCACGCAACACACGCACACACGAGGGCACACGCGAGGGCACAACACACGAGGGCACACACGAGGGCACGGCAACACACGAGGGCAGGGCACGGCAACACACGAGGGCACGGCAACACACGAGGGCACGGCAACACACGAGGGCACUGCAACACACGCGAGCACGGCAACACACGAGGGCACGGCAACACACGAGGGCACUGCAACACACGAGGGCACGGCAACACACGAGGGCACUGCAACACACGAGGGCACUGCAACACACGAGGGCACGGCAACACACGAGGGCACGGCAACACACGAGGGCACUGCAACACACGAGGGCACGGCAACACACGAGGGCACUGCAACACACGAGGGCACGGCAACACACGAGGGCACUGCAACACACGAGGGCACGGCAACACACGAGGGCACGGCAACACACGAGGGCACUGCAACACACGAGGGCACUGCAACACACGAGGGCACUGCAACACACGAGGGCACUGCAACACACGAGGGCACGGCAACACACGAGGGCACUGCAACACACGAGGGCACUGCACACGAGGGCACGGCAACACACGAGGGCACGGCAACACACGAGGGCACGGCAACACACGAGGGCACUGCAACACACGAGGGCACUGCAACACACGAGGGCACGGCAACACACGAGGGCACUGCAACACACGAGGGCACGGCAACACACGAGGGCACUGCAACACACGAGGGCACUGCAACACACGAGGGCACUGCAACACACGAGGGCACGCAACACACGAGGGCACUGCAACACACGAGGGCACUGCAACACACGAGGGCACUGCAACACACGAGGGCACUGCAACACACGAGGGCACUGCAACACACGAGGGCACUGCAACACACGAGGGCACACGAGGGCACUGCAACACACGAGGGCACAACACACGAGGGCACUGCAACACACGAGGGCACGGGGCACUGCAACACACGAGGGCACUGCAACACACGAGGGCACUGCACUGCAACACACGAGGGCACUGCAACACACGAGGGCACUGCAACACACGAGGGCACUGCAACAGGGCACUGCACGGCAACACACGAGGGCACUGGGGCAACACACGAGGGCACGGCAACACACGAGGGCACUGCAACACACGAGGGCACUGCAACACACGAGGGCACUGCAACACACGAGGGCACUGCAACACACAAGGGCACUGCAACACACGAGGGCACGAGAAAAUGUGUCCUGAAGGAUGGAAGUAGUUUGGCUCCAGCAGCUGUUACUACCCCUCGGCUGAGAAGAAACCCUGGGAGUACGCUGAACAGGACUGUCUGGGGAGAGGAGCACACCUGGUGA